ACCACAUCCACCGCAUCGCCUCUGCCUCGGCUACUUGGCUUGCCGUUCAACUAUUCCCCUCAACUGCAAACACCAAAUCUGAUUUCUGAUUGAGUGGACAGAACACCGACAAGAUCACAUAAUGUGAGCUAGCUGCUGUACUUGAAAUGCGUAUGGAGUCACAACCAAUUCUUCAUCUGAACUUUCCGCUUCCGAUUGCAUCAAAAAUCACGUGCCAGGGGGGAAACACCAGCAACGACUGAGCUCCACUGCUAUGUAUAAACCCAUAUCAACACCACACGUCCCAUCCUUGGGCUGAUCUCCCGCCGCUGAGCUCAGCGCUGUGUCUGCUCCCAGUCUUUCUCGUUGGAAAACCCCCAAGUCCCCAGGCCCAGGGGUAUCAACGACGCCAAUUGGGAUGAGGAGUGCAUCUGGAGGGUCGCGACCAUGGCUGGAUUUGCGUGGAGCCUCUCCGUGUGGAAGGGUUCCUGAACACAACACUGGCCGGCGCGAUCGCCUUUCCUGUUGUCAGACUUCAUGGAUCGACCGUUCCGUCUGGCUCUGCCUCCUCACAAGAAACCCUCAAGAGAAGAUCGUUAGAUCUGCUUGUACCUCCUCCCGUGCAUUUUUGUAUGAUGGCAAAGAUAGCAAGAUGGCCUCUGCUCCCUUCCUCGAUAUUCCCCUCGUGCUUCACAACGAUGCAGAAAGAACGAAUACCAGGCCGAUGGACGUCUCUCCGUCUUUCCCCCGCCAGUCGUUUGAAGACGUAGCCCGGGUAGACAAGGAAGCCCCUCAUUCCUCGGCUACGUGCAGCACACAAGGGGGGCGGAGAGUUUUGGCAGGACUUCCACCCUGUACUCCAUCUGCAGCCAUCCGUCUGGCCAUAGAGUUUCCGUUGCAUUGCAUUAAAUUGCACGCGAUCAGGGAUCUGUCAGAAUCUUAGGAUGGGUGAUUCGAGAGUCGAAGUUGACCUUUUUCGCAUCGGGGAAGACACUUCCGUCAUCCCCAGAUUGAUUUGCAGGUUUCUAUUGCAUGCAUUUCAUCCGGGGAAAUGCUACAGACAUCCUGGUACUCCCUGGAGCGCAAAGGGGCGUCUUAGACGUGAAUGGAUUUGGUCAAUCUGUCAAAAUCGUUGGCUCGCUCAAUAACCUUCAAACUGCCCCCAAGCUAUCACUGCGGUCGGGUGUGGCCGAGAAAUACGCCGUGUGAAUCAGCAUCUGCAGGAGUAUCACCAGAGAGAUGUGUCCUACCUCUGACAGCAUGCCUGCUUUGUGCCUUCGUAUUCCUAUUCGAAUCUCUCUCGCUUCUCUGUCGAUUUCCCCUUUCCCCACCACAACUCGAGAGCUUAAAGAGCCCCGGGUGAGACAAGCUACAGCACUGUCAGCUUCCAUCAUAGAGUGGAGUCUAGAUAUGUCUUUUGGCACAUUGCUUACUAUCUAGUACUUGUCCGGCGCUCUUCGGGGUGGUAUCAUUCGGUUUGCCGAAGGGGUUUAACUCUUCCUAGUGUCCACUCUACUUUCUCCUCACUUCACGUAUGCGGUUAUCCUGUGUGUGUGUGAGAGUGUGACCAGAGGCUGUGGAAGCUUUUCUCGGCGAAGAAGCUAAUCCGCAUCUUCUACAACCCUUUUGAUAUUGGGCACCUUGGGGUAUCUCCGUAUUCUCAAAAGCGUCAUUUCCAUAAUGGAGAACAAACGUUCGAUUGUGACGCAUUUUGGUGUCACCAUUAUAGUUACAUACAAUUAUCUACAAUUGCUUGUAACCAUUUCAAACGAAGUUUUCGCAGGACUGAAUUCUAAUCCUUUUGAUUGGUUCUCUUAUCAACGCCCGCUUCGUCCAAGCAUUCUCGUCGAAUGGCAGAUGAUCUGACCCACACACUGUAAGACCGUGACUAUAUUUUUGCGUAUCGGUGUUGCAUGGUGGCUUGCCAGAAUGGUCUUCGUUAGAGGCAAACAAUCCCUGAGAGUGGGAGCUACAGCAGACUUCGACAGGGGAACAAACCUCCCCCCCUGGCUUCGUGAUUGCUACCUCUAGCAGCAAAAGAACCAAUCUACCGUGGAUGGCCCGAUCGCUGCAGCCUUUGAUGAAGAGUUAUGAGCGGUCAGCAAAUAUUGCAUUUUCAAGGGAGAGAUCGUUUGGCUUUAAUAGAUAUGGGAAGAUUCGGGCAUGAGUCCUCGCCUCGCUGGCUCGCCUCAUAUGCCUUGGAACUCAUGCACCCCAAUACGUUGCAUCAUGAUGGCUUGUACCAUUUCGAGGGGUGCGUUAUCCUCAACAAGCAGGGCUGUAGCGAGCGACGUUUCUUCUUCCAGUCGGUGAUGCAAAGUCUUACAAACCUACGUUUGCUGAUCUGUAGUACCGAAAGCCGUUGAGCUUCAAAUCAUGGCAGAGCCUCUUGAAUUGUUUGCUAUGUUACUUCUAUUUAGAAACCUGUCAGUAUGUCGCCACGAAAGGCCUAACUACUUUCAGCGAUGGCUACAUGGUGCCGGCACAAUUUUCCGUUGCUUUAGGGCAGCUGUCAAACUUGAAAACAGCAAAGAGCCAGUGUGGCAUCUGGCAGAUGGCUAUAACGUUCUGUGAUUAUCUGAUUUAGCAAAGCAAUCAGCGCAUGGAUUUUUCUACGCCGCUUCUCCCUGUGGGAAACCAACAACCUUUGCCUUCUGCGGUAGCGUUUCAUCAAUCAAGACAUGCUCAGGAUCCUAGCUCCUCGGUAAUCCAUACGCAGGGUAUGUUUCCAAUCCGUCAGUGAUCAGCAACCAGCUUGAGAACUAACCCAAUUUUCGAGCCAGCGGUCCUCUCUUAUUUCCUCUCUGUUUGUUGAGAUUAGCGAAUCGUCCUAGAUGAUGGCGAAGAGGUACAAGACCCCCGGCCUCUUGCAUAACAGUGAAGUACAUUUUUUGUGCAAGAGAAGCAUGCAUGAAGACUGCACUGACAUAUUGGGUAAAGGCUUUACAGUAGUAGAAAAUUUGAUCUGUCACAAUGUUUCUCCCAAGGCCUCAGGUAGUCAGUCCAAUUGGCAAACAUCAUGGAGCCCGUAACACUCGUUAUAAGUGCUGCCCUCGCCUGACUGCCACCCCUCCCCCGAUCGGCAUAUGCUUUCAUUCUUGCUCAACCUCAUUUGGUUUCUUGAGUUCACUGUGAACAACAUUACGGAGUGAUAUUUAUCCACGCAAUUCUGGGUUGGAAUCAACCCCUCACGCAAUCGAGGACAAUUUGGGAGUCUACGAGGAACAGUUUCUGAUAUUGGCUACCCAACUUUCCUUCAAGACUCUCAAACUCUUCAAGGUAGGUUAGAUUUAUGUAGUUUCUACUUACUCAGUUCUGACUAUAGGCCCAGAUGGUGCAAGUACAUCGCUCAUAUUACGAUGAUGAGGAACCGGGCUUGAGGCGUUACAACAGACACACUGGACACGGGUAUGCGAUAGGCCACGAACGAGAAUUACCACACGGCCCUUACGAAGGACACGCGGGUCGAGAUCACCUUUCCGCAGCUCAUCACGAUAGCCGUGGGGGCAGUCGUGCGCCUGAACCCGACAAUACUCGACCCAGGAGUAGAAUUCCAGUUGCAGUACGUGCGUCCGCAUACUAUAAGAUGAUCUAUUUCUAUUUCUAUUUCUAUUUAUAUGCGACCCAGAUGCAGAUGCAGAUCCGGAUCCUCUGUCUAUGUUGAUAGUUGAUAGCUAAUGUAACCAAUUUCCAGUGCGGCCGUUGCAGAAAGCGCAAGAUUCGUUGCAGUGGCGAUACCGGCUCUGGCCAGCCUUGCACCAAUUGCAAAAACGCAGGCAACGAGCAUUGUCAGUUUCUCAGGGUAGGCUGUUCUUUCUACUGCAUUUAUUCCAUGUUCAUAAGUGUAUCGGAUUAUACUUUACAAUCACUUCGCUUCCCCUGCGCUUUUAAGCUUUGCAUCCUCUCACAUUUAUUGUCUUGCAGGUCUCCUCGCAAGGAAUGCAAAUGAAGAACGAGAGCGUAGACUUCAGCGCAUUCGACACCCACUCACACUCUCGACUCCAACCUCGCGUAGCAUCAUCUUACGGAUCGCACGCGGCCACGUACAUCUCGCCAUCUGCGCAGGUUCCGGAGGGAUACUACGCUGGCAGGGCAUCAGUGUCUGGAUACCAGUAUCCAGCAUCGAGAUACUACGGACUGGCCACUUUUAAUGACUACUCGGAGGAUAAUGGCAUUGAUUACGAUACUCACAAUGCUAGUAACCCCUACCAAUUGAUGGGCUCUGACCAUCAUCUCCUAUCAACGAGUCUUCCUACGGGCUCCGGAAGAGGAUGGCCAACGCAAGCGACCCAACCGACGCAAGUGAUCAAACCUGACCCGUCAUUGUAUUUGGAACACUCCUCCUAUACUACGAACGGCCACAUACCCUCCCAAGGUGCAUACCAACUUCGCCCUCAGAUGGCCUCUGAUGUGAAGGAUACGCCCCUAGCUGGUUCUUCUAUCCACUCCAUGUCUGUCCCUGAUCGUGUGCUUCCAGUUCCGGCCACAACUUCAAGUGCUGCAAGCGUGAAUCGCCCCCCGGCAGUAGCAAGUCAAACAAAUUCAUCUUCAUAUGCGCGGGCAAAUUCGACAGCAACUUCCUCCGUUCCCCCAAGUCAGAACAGUUGGCAUCAGUAUGAUGGACUCAUGGCCGCCCAAGUCCUUUCCACGGUCAAGAAUCUACCACAGAAUGAUUCGAAUUACAUAUACACCAGCAGCCCUGAAUCCCUGAACUCUUCCCAGGCGACUUUUCAUAGUUCCCAAAGUCUAUCGAAUUCCUCUCAAAAUGAACUCUAUACCACGAGCUCAGCAGACAUGUUCCAUGGUAAUGAAUCCACAGAACCUUCAUACGGCCCAAGCAGCAACAGCAGCCAACGUCACAAUGCUAACUGUUCCGAGGGCUCCAUGUCAAAUAUCAACAGUAAUCUCGUCAACGGCCAACCAUACGUCCCUCAUUACAGCCAAGCGCCAUAUCCCAUCCCUCCUACGCAGUUCACACAGAACGAGUCUCGUAUGCGCACCAAACUCCCUUCUGCUCCUGUUGGGAUUUCUGCGUGAGGUCUAUGGGUUAAUGGUCGAUUCCGAAGAUUCAGACUUUAUUGCACACAUACAUGCAUGCGUUACUUACUUAUUUCGCAAGCGUUUUUUUCCUCUAUCUUAUCGUUAAACUGUCUCAUUAUUUCUCCUUUUGUCCAUUUGGGUUUACAACACACAUACUCAUUCGUUCAUUCAUUUAUCCCGUCAUUGGGUGAGGCGAACAAAAAGGGGUCAAGGUUGGGGGUUGGCUUGGUAUGGCGAUCUGGAAACAUGGUUGGGGGCAACUCAAAAAAAUCUUUUCUGGGUUUUGGGGCGCGUCUUUCUUCUUCCUAUUUUUUAAUUCUAUUAAAGGCGGAUUUUAGGAGUGACUGAUUGGGUGAAAGUGGGUGUAUGUUACACGUAAGAGAGUUGAGCAACACGAUGGUUGAGGUUGAAAGUGCCUGUUUGAUGUGUUUAUUAGCUGGCCUUGCUUUCGUCGUAGGCAUGGACGAUUUCAGGAUAGUUCUAAUGUUUGGUAGAGGCUGGUGGGUGAUGGCUGGCUGGGAGAGGGUUCGCGAUGAGAAAGGGAGUUGAGAGAGUAUGUUGUUUGAUAGGGUCCGCUUCUUUUUUCUUUCUCAAUGUGGUGAGGGUGAGCGGUUUUCUGGUUUGAUACCCCCAUGGAUGGGAUUCGCUUCUUUUGAAUCUCUUGCUUUGCUUUCUCAGGGGUUAGGAUUCUGGAUGACAGAAGGGCGUGAUUGAGGGGCUCUGAAAAAGUCACUUGAGGUAUCUUUCAUAUCUUGGGGGUCAGAUUUCUGAACCUCUUUCUUAGGAGAAAUAAUAUUUCCGGACAUGCGUUUAGCUAAGGGUAGAUUAGAGUGAUUGGACUGGGA